GACAUGAAUUGUGUCAGCAAUGGCAGAUGCAACUCCAUUAGUAUUUUGACGAGACCUACGAUCUUUACUUGCCAAACACACCUAAUGAACUUUGUUCAUCGUGUAAUUUUCGAUUAAUAUUAUCAUCAAAUAUUAUUCCAGUUCUCUAAUAUGAGUACUACAAGGGAACAAGCUGGACCAUCUAAACCAUGGGAUUCUACUGCAGAAGAGAAAGAAAAGGAUAAUCGAACAUUUGAAUGCAAUAUUUGUCUUGAUACUGCAAAAAAUGCAGUUAUUAGCAUGUGUGGUCAUUUAUUUUGUUGGCCUUGUCUGCACCAAUGGUUAGAGACACGUCCAACAAGGCAAAUGUGUCCUGUCUGUAAAGCUGCAAUUAGCAAAGAUAAAGUUAUUCCAUUGUAUGGACGUGGAGAUACAAGGCAUGAAGAUCCAAGAAAUAAUGUUCCACCACGUCCUGCUGGGCAAAGAACAGAACCCGAAAAUAAUAUUGGAUUUUCUAGUUUUGGUUUUGGAGAUGGUUCUUAUAUGUCAUUUGGUAUCGGGACAUUUCCAUUUGCAUUCUUUACAUCUACUUUUAAUUUUGGAGAAACACGACCAAGUGCAGCUGCUAGAGGAACACCACAAUAUGAAGAAGAACAAUUCCUUUCAAAAGUAUUUCUAUGGGUGGCUUUGAUAUUUGUUUGUUGGCUCUUGAUGGCGUAACAUUUUGUUAAACCAUAUUAUUUGCUCCGUAUCUUGUAACCCUGCACCACUUGCUGAAUUGAUUCAUUACAUUUUUAUUAAUACAUCGAUCUUUCCUCGUUUGUGUAAUCGUUGUUACUCGCUACAGUAACUAUAUCUGCUUGAAUAAACAAACGGAUUUUGUUAUAAGUGUAAUAACAUUUUUACUUGUAUAUACACUUUAUUUUUAAUUUUUUGUGAUUAUAA